GUGUGCCAGACCCGUUCAACCAAAUCCAUCUCUAAGGCUGCCUACCACCAAGGAGUGGUGAUCGUGACCUGUCCUGGCUGUGGGAACCAUCACAUCAUCGCCGACAACCUGGGCUGGUUCUCUGACCUGGAGGGAAAGAGGAAUAUCGAGGAGAUCCUGGCAGCCAGAGGGGAGCAGGUGAGACGUGUGGCUGGGGAGGAGGCGCUGGAGCUGCUGCUGCUGGAGAGCCCUGCAGAGCCCCAGGGGCAGCUGGCACAGGGGGACACCGAGGAAACCCCCCCAGAUCCUGGCAGCAAGGGACACACCUGACACGAGGGACUGUGGCCUGAGGGACAGAUGUGACAUGUGAGAUCGUGGCCUGUUGGACAGACCUGCCACGUGGGAUUUGGGACAUUCUGCUUGGGCUCUUCACCUUCAUUCCCUGAUUUCAGCUGUUUCUAAAAUAAACUCGGGUGUUGGGUUUUC